AUGAUUAUUGAAUUUGAAAAAUUAUUUAAUAAUUCAAGACAUGAUUUAUUAAAAAAUUUUUAUAAAACUAAUCAUUAUAACUUAUUUGAUAUCAGAAAUGAUCAACUAUAUAGUAAUAUAGAAAAUUUAGAAUUAUUUGAAAAAUAUUAUUUUGUUUAUAAAAUUUUGAGCCAAAAAAAAUUUGACAAAGACAAAAAAGAUACAUUUUUUGAAAAAUUAAACAAUUCUCAGCAAAAUAUUGAAAUUAUUAAUAAAAAUAAAUUAAUAUUUAAAAAAUUAUCUACUACUACAUAUGUCCCUGUAUAUAAAAUAUUAAAUAAUUUAAAAAUAGAAAAAUUAAAUCAAACAACUAUUAAAGAUAAAAGUAUAUUUAAAAAGAUUUACCUACCAGAACGUUACAAUUCAAAUGAAAUAAAAAAAUCUUUAAUACCUAAAAAAGAAAAUGAAAGUAAUUAUUUAGAGAAAAAUUUUAAAAACUUACAAGAUAAUGAUUCCAGUAUUUCUGGCAACCUAGAACCAAUGUCAAAGGAUUAUCAUAUUGUAAAUAUUUCAAAAAUUAAUCAAAAUCCAUUACAUAAAAACAAUACAAUAUAUAAAGUUAUUCAAAAUAUUUUAAAUAUAUUAUUACAAACUAAUGAUAAAUCAAAUGGAAAUUCUGUUGAUGGCAUUGUAAAGAAUGUUAAUAGUUAA